AUGCAUAUCAUUUUACAUUACGUGGCUCAAUUGAUGAAGUCAGUCGGAGACACCUACACAGAGAUUGCCGCAUUGGUUGCCAGUCAAGCAUUUGUCAAUCAGGAUAUUCAAAUUGAGGGUCGAUGGGCAGGCGUUUUGACCCGCCGUCCAAAUCAUGAAGAGCAAAAGAGUGAAGGCACAGAAUCAAAUUUCACUCUCUACACCAAGGAUGAAGAUGGAAAAAUUGAAAUACACGGAGAAGGGAAUGGUCGUCUUGGAAUUUUCAAGGUAAAGGGUCAUGUGUACAACGGAACGGAGGUGAAAUUAGUAAAGAGUUACCCUACAUGGAAGUGGCAUCAAGAAGGUCGUAUUGACCCAAAAACAAAUAUAAUGUAUGGUCGAUGGGGGAAAGCUGAGCAGAAAGUGGGCAGAGGAUACUUUGCCUUCCACCUCACACACAAUGGCGAUGUGGAGACAAGUGCCGUAGAUCGACUUGAGGCUAUUACAGGCGCUUGGUCCGGAACCUACACGACUCCAACUUCGACCACGAGCUGCACUUUCAAGUUGAUUGGCGGGACGAGCAAGGGUGAUGACCAGCUUGUCAUCAAGGGCAAUUCGGUCUCGCCGACACCCCAGUAUACUAUCAAAGGUGUGGUGUCUGCAUCAGGUCAAGUUAUUUUUGCCAAGGUGACUGACAGCCAUGCAUUUGUUUAUCGAGGCACAUUGUCGGAAGGAAAUGAUUCAAUGAGUGGCGAAUGGGCUGGCGACGAGAAACAUGGCACUUUCCAUUUUCGUCGUGCUUAG